AUGUCCGAAGCCUACGAGCGAGAGCGCCAGAACAAUGCGCGCCUCGACGAACUAUCCGCCAAAGUCUCUGCUCUUCGUGGAGUGACAGUCGACAUUUACGAUAACGCCCGAGCCCAAGAUGUCAUUGACAAUACCUCCGAUACUUUCUCCUCCAUGACCACACAGAUGAAGGGCUCUGCCGGUCGUUUGACUCGCAUGGCCGCAUCUGGCAACCGUGUUGCGAUACUCAAAUUGUCGGGAAUCGUAAUUGGCGUUUUCUUGGUGUUGUUCUACGGUGCAAAACUGAUUUUCUAA